AAGAUGAGACGUUAGUUAUUAGAGCAACAAUGGUCGACGUUGACCGGAGGAUGUCCGGUCUGAAUCCGGGUCAUAUAGCUGGCUUACGCCGUCUAUCUGCUCGCGCUUCCGCUCCUUCAACUCCGGCUUCCCACCCUGUUCGCAACGGUCUACAGUCUUUCGCUUCUUUAGCUGAUAAAGUUAUAACUCAUUUACGGGGUUCGGACUUUCAAGUCCAGCCGGGUUUGUCGGACGUUGAGUCCGCCCGAGUGGAAGCCGAGUUUGGUUUCGUUUUCCCACCUGACCUCCGAGCAAUAUUAUCAGCCGGAUUACCCGUGGGUCCUGGUUUUCCCGAUUGGCGAUCUGCAGGGGCAAGAGUCCAUCUCCGGGCUUCGCUUGAUCUUCCCAUCGCUGCAAUUUCCUUCCAGAUCGCGCUUAACACUUUUUGGUCCAAAUCGUGGGGUCCGAGACCGUCCGACCCAGAAAAGGCUUUACGAGUCGCAAGGAAUGCGCUUAAAAGGGCUCCCCUUUUGAUUCCCAUUUUUAACCACUGCUAUAUUCCCUGUAACCCUUCUCUAGCGGGUAACCCAAUUUUCUUCAUCGACGAGAACCGUGUCUUCUGUUGCGGAUUUGAUAUAUCUGAUUUUUUCGAAAGGGAAUCUUUGUUUAAGAGCUCUGGAUCCGACCCGGAAGUGUUGAAGAAACAGAGAUCCGUUGGCGAAAAAUCAGCCGGGUCGUCCACUAUUUUUUCGAGGCGGAGUUUGGAUGCGGGUUUGGUAACGUGUACAAGGACACCUAGAUGGGUUGAGUUCUGGAGCGACGCGGCAGUUUAUCGGCGCCGGAGGAAGUCGUCGUCAUCAUCAUCAUCGUCAAAUUCAUCGCCUGAUAGAUACAUCGAUAUGCGGAUAACCCAAACUCCGAAAUGGGUCGAUGAAUACAUUGGGCAAAUCGGAUCAGUCCUCCGAAAAGGCGGGUGGGGCGAGUCCGACAUAACGGAGAUCGUGCACGUGUCAGCAUCCGGGUUUUUCGAGGGAGAUAUGGUUUUAUUGGAUAAUCAAGCUGUUCUCGAUGCACUUCUUCUAAAAGCGGAUCGGUUAUCGGAUAGACUUAGAAAAGCCGGGUGGAGCUCCGAAGAAGUUUCGGAUGCGUUAGGGUUUGAUUUUCGACCGGGGAAGGAAAGGAAACCUGCGAAGAAAUUAUCCCCGGAGCUCGUAGAAAAAAUCGAGAAACUUGCUGAAUCAGUUACCAGUUCAUGAUGGAGCUUCUAAGAAAACUUAUUUUCCUGUUUUGAUAGAAGAUAUUUACCCUAAAACUUCGUGGUUUGUUUUCCUCUCUUUAGGGUUAAAAAUGAAUUUAGAAAAAUAUUUGGGGUAACGUGCUGUACUAUGUAGUAACAAAA